UGGAAUACAAAAGGACUUCUUCACAGGUUGAGCAGCGGCACAUACCCAUGCCCGAGCAGGAUUCUCAUUCUCCUUUCACCAACUGACAUCAGGCAUGAGGGCCUGCAUUGUAUUUCUUGGCCUACUGGCUGCAACAUUUGUCCAGUCUGAAGAAACAAAUCAUCAUGGAGGACAUAGGACUUUCCACACGACCAAAGAAAAGGGCAUUGUCUCUGAGGAGGCCAACAAGGUGCCCAUCUUGCCCACUUCAGUGAGUGUUGAAGCAAGCAGGCCGGAGAAAGAAGAGGAGGAAGCCAGCUCGGACGACAAGGCAGAUCAAAAGAGUGCUACAUUUGAGACAGGGAAGGACAAAAGAGUGGCGGUCCUGCUGAGCGAGGAAGAACUGGUAGAGCUUCUCAAGAAGGAAGAGGAAGAAGCAGAAAAACAAGAGAGUGUAGAUGAAGAGGAAACAGAAGCAGAAGCGAAGGUAGAAACGACUCAGGCUGAGGUUGUGAAAAAUAAAAGCCUGGAAGAUGGCAAAGAUGAAGAGUUGGAGGUGGAGAUGACCCUCAAGGAAAAGGAAGAAAAUGUCGCUCUGUUGGACGAAUACGAAGGCAGCACCAUUGCGGCUGACUAUGCUGGUGAUAGCGGAAUUUUCCCCCCUCCGAUGUUACGUCUACAGAAGGUGAAACCCAACAAAGAUAACGUCAAACCUGUUACUACAACAACAGAAGAGGUUUUUGUUGAUGUCAUGCAAAACAGAGAAGCAACACAACAUCAGGCUGUACCGAGUCCCGAUAACACGAUGAAAAACUCACAGAAUAAAACCACAUCUGAAAUAAGCGAGGAGAAAGAACACUUGGAAGAAGACACGGCUGGACAGGAUGACAGAGGAGAUGAUGCCAGUAAAAAGGCAAGCAAACCAAAGAACAAGCAAAGAACAAGAAAGCACUCACCACAACGGGAGGACAAACAAGAUGAACAGAGCCAAGAGGCGCCUCAAGAGAUGGAGAGAGGACGCAAUAACAAUAACAGCACGGUGCAAAAGGCAAAGAGGAGACGAGCGGGACAAUGGGGUCCUUUAGUAGGUGUGAAUCCAGUGCAGAUAAGAGCCAAAGUGGAUCUCUACCCGAGUGCCAGGCCGUCCCCUCACCCUGAAGCCCCUCCUGAUCUGUGCGACAACUUUCGCUGCAAGCGUGGAAAGAUUUGCAAACUCAAUGCAGACAAUAAGCCAAGCUGUGUGUGUCAGGAGCCAUCACAGUGUCCCCCGAGCUUGAACGACUUUGAUCAUGUUUGCGGGACAGACAACAACACAUACAACACAUCAUGUGAGCUCUUUGCCACUAAAUGCAAAUUGGACGGCACCAAGAAGGGACACAGACUUCAUCUGGACUACACAGGACCAUGCAAAUUGAUACCUCCAUGUGUGGACACCGAGUUAGUCCAAUUCCCACUACGAAUGAGAGACUGGCUGAAAAAUGUGCUGCUGCAACUUUACGAACAUGACUCCAUGUCGCCUGGCUACCUCACAUCCAAGCAACGCUUUCGAGUCAAGAAAAUCUUUGAGAACGAGAGGCGUCUUCAUGCUGGCGAUCAUUCUGAUGAGCUGCUUGCCCAAGACUUUGAGAAGAACUAUAACAUGUAUAUCUACCCGGUUCACUGGCAGUUUGCUCAACUGGACCAGCACCCCUGUGACAGAUUGUUGUCCCACUCUGAGCUGGCUCCCCUCCGGGUACCUCUGGUGCCCAUGGAGCACUGCACCUCUCGCUUCUUUCAAGAAUGUGACGCAGACAAGGACAAGCAAGUGUCCUUUACUGAGUGGACUUCCUGUUUUGGCAUCAAAAAUAACGACAUUGAUGUCAACCUUCUUUUCUAAAGCUUCACUUUGUAGCUUGUCAUCAGUACCAAUAUGUGACAGCUGCUACCCAUUUGAACUGGUUUAAUCCGGAACUGGGCACAAAAACAUGCACCUCUCUUUUGUUGCCUGUGCUAUUACUUUUCAUAGAAAUACACAACAGGGUGGCACUGUUAUUAAACCUGAAAGUUUAACACAGGCUUUAAUUUUAGUGUGUUUUGUAUACAUAUACUUUACUGACAUGAACAUGUCUGUCUAAUUUGAAAUUGAAAGGUUGAAAAAACAUGAAACAAACAACACAAACAUCCUUUGCACGAGGAAGGACUUAGCAACUAAUUGACUAUAACUCAUUGACCGUUUGUUUAAUGAUUAUAAAACGUUGAGGAUAUCUGUUUUGAAUGUAUGCUAGCAUGUCUUCCAAAGCAUUUUGAGAACAACCUAUAGUGUAUUAUGCAAAAGUGAGCUUUUUUUUCCCUUUCCUCUUUUUUCCUUUGAUACCACUGGUAGCACCUAUAUUUGUUUAUUUGUGCAUUCGAAGCUGGCUAAGCAGCUGUUUUACAGAAGCUAAUUAGAGCUGCAUAGUACACUGCAGCGUGAUUGACAAUAAUGAGCGUAAUUGUUGAAUAGAGCGUUUUGUGGAAUUAGGAAACUGCUUGCUUACCUUAGUUUGCUGCCUAUAUCAUUAAAGGUGUGGAAAGCAUA